GCGGAACGUCUUCUAUUAUGACUUCAUUCCUCUUCGUGUUUUUUGUUUUCCAUAAGACUGUGGAUUGCUGAAAACUUUAUUUACGCCAAUUAGAGGGGUUUUGAUAGGAAAUACACCAACACUUUGUGUAUUGCUUGAUAUCUUCCGACGGAGCUGGCCUCCAUUCUCUUGGUCGAUUGAAAGGAAGUGUUGGGAUUCGUUCGAAAAUGCAAUCUACUCCAGAUCCUGUCACUGAUGUGAAGGUUGUCUCACAGAAGGAAAAAUGCCCGCCUGGAUACUUCUGUUUGGAAAAGACAGUACUUGGACACGACGGUCAGCUUUAUGAUUCCACUUGGCGGUCCAAGGGAAAACGCUACAUCUGCUAUUCUAAGAAGCCUGGCUCUCAUGUGAUUGUUGGUAUGUCAAUCAUUCAUGACGGGGAUCCUGUUCCACAAGGAUUUACUGCAGUAACCACCACUCAUGACGACAAUGAGAAAGCCUUCCGCAAGCAUCAACUCUGCCUUCAACUCAUGCCCAAGGAUCAGGCUCAAUCAGUAGUUAUCGAUCUGGCCCUGGUUAAUAAGUCAAAGGCAGAGACCCCUCCGCCAGCCUACUACACAAUAACAAAUGAUGUCAAUGACUUGAACCUCUGUUUCCGCAUGGGUCCACUUCCUAGGUACCAGCCCCCACAACCCACAGGGUACCCAGGGCAGUUUUCAUACUCCAGUGUACCACAUCCUGUAGGACCAAAUAGGCAGCAAUGGAGCAAUCAAGAGCCCGUCCUUAAUAUGCCAGUGCCAUGGCAACAACAGCAGCGCCCUGGUAAUAUGCCAGCCCAUUACACACCACAACAUGCAAUGCCAGCUGCCAAACCCACGGCACAGACUGGUAUUGAAGGAGUUCCUUUUCAAAUCAACUCCAAGUUUGACUUGUUGUGGAAAAAGGCAGCUAACACUCCUACAGGAGUACCAACAAUGUCCUCGGCGGAUAUCCAAUCAAAGUUCAGCUACGAUUUCAGCACUGAAAGAGCUGUCCUUCCGAGCUGACUACACCCUGAUUGUCUUAGAUUGCGCAUAGAAGCAAUGGGAAAAAAACUGUUAAAAAAACUUUUUUUUUUAAUUUUGCUCGACUAAACCUGGAACAACGUUUAAAAGUCUUGUCGGACAAAUUUUAUUUUAGAAAAAGAAACAAUGUCCUAAAAAAUGGGAAUUGUUCUUAGUUCCUAUUAAGUAGAAGCUAAUCUAAAGUGAAGGUUUUUUCUCAUACAACGUCGAUACCCUCUUGUUUUUUGAAGCAACUAGAUUGAAACUAUAGUGUAACCCAAAUAACUUGAACUCAGAAAACUCAAGCCCUUCACUAACUCGAACGUUUAUUGUCAUCCUUGAAGGUUCAAAUCCAUGGGUUUCCACCGUGUAUUCUUGUUUUGUUAUCUGUUUAUGAUAAUUUGUCGUUAAUUAAAGCAAUUGUUUAUUAUUA